UGCUUUUAUUUAGAAAAGAACACAAGGUAGGAAUGGUGGGGGAAGGCGGCACAAACUGUAUGCACGAUUGAGGACAGCUGGCUGGAAUCCCUCUAAUUAGUAGAUCGGCAUCUGCCAACUCCACGCUAAGUGGAGUAGAGUAAGAGUCUUGUCUCUGUUGGGGGGGUUCGUUGAUGUAAUUUAGAGACUAAUCCAAUGUUAAAGGUGUUAUCUUUGGGUCAGAGUCUGUUGAUGGACUUCUUAAAUCUUGUGUUCCGGGAGCGGAGUCAGGCAAGAAAAAGGAGGUAAUUUUCGCCUGGUAGGCUCCUUGUGAUGAUGUUUGAGACUGUGAUUGCUGGUUGUCCAUGAGCUCUCUACAUCUUUGCCUGGUUAGGACCAUUUUGAUGUACAGCUACAGCGAAAGGAUGGCAAGUAAACUGCCAGAUCUUGAGGAACAAGAUGACGAUGAGGAUGAGGAGGCAGCCGAGUCAAAAGAGACAGAUAUCAACACUCUGCGUUCGGACAGCACCUAUGGAUCUGAAACCCCAGAGGCAUGUGGAGGUGGUCACCCCACUCCUGAAGAUGAAAGCACAACACGCUCUUACUCAUUGAGAAGUCAAGAAUUUGAUACUCAGCACCUGGUUAACUGCACAUUCUCAGUCUCACUGGCUCUUCCAGUUGUAGCUCCAACAAAUAGGCCUUGGACAUCCUCUAGGCAAGAUAUUCCAGGUACAGCAUAUAAAAUGAAAGAAGGAUUUAUUCCAAAAAUGCAUCGUUUUUAUCAUAUGGAGUAUUUUCUUCUACCAGAUGAUAUUGAACCUCGAAAGUUAGAUUUGGUGUUGUUUGGGCCAUUGGCUAAACUAUAUCUUGAAGCUGAAUCUAAGUCAGAGACUCCAAAGGACAGUGAGCGGCCAAAGUCGAAAAAGUCAUCCACUCUCCAUAUUUCAGUUGUGAAACCAUGGAUUGAAAAUGACCAAGUAUGGGUGUCAUGGAAUCAUAGUAUUGAAAUUAAUGUUACCAGCGACUUUCUAAUGAAAUUAAGAGAUCACAACAUAAAGUUGAGAUUAUGGGAUCUCAAAGAAAAAGUUUGUGCAAAAGCCAGGUUUAGUAAACAAAAGAGUAAUCCACCAUCUUCAGAUCAAGCAGCUUUUGAUGGUUCAGUAAAGCGUAUGGUUUUGUUUCAAAGAAACUUCUUAGAACGCAAUCAACCGAAACCCAGUUAUACAAAAACUAAGCCAUCAGAAGUGCCCGGUAUACCAGAGAAGUCAGCAACUGGCACUACAGCAGUUGCUCCCAGUUCAGCUGUGAGCAAGCAUCUGGAAGAAGACCCUGAUUCUGCCAUCGAACAAAAAACCUAUUGUAAAUCUAGUUCUCCACAGCGUGGCCCAAAGUCUGAAGAACUCAGCCAGUCACUGAGUGCAAUCAGUAUUUCUGGGAGCAUACCGUCUUCUCUCAGAGAAAAAACUAUCCAGGAAGCCAAAAUUAUAAAGCAGAAACUCCAUAAAAAAGUUUCUGCUAAAUCAACAGUUGCAGUGUUUGGGAAAACUAAUUUGGGAAAACUAAUGGAGCAUUCAGACAGGAAGGAUUCAGUAGGUGGAGUUCUCCUCCAAUUAUCAGAAAGGAAGAAACUUUUACAAAAAAGUGUCUUUUUGGGAAAAAAGUCAGGAGCCACCCUAAAACCAACUGCUAAAGAAAUUGCAGCCUUAACAGCACAGGCAAAGAAGUUUGGAAUCGCAUUUUUGCAGCUGGACCUCAUGCCCCUCCUGUCAGGAGAACGCUAUGUGGCCAGUCGAUUAAGAGAGAAAUCCCCUAAAAUUUAUGAUGCAUACCUAAGCUUUUCUGUGGAGAAGCCUCUGAUGACUGAGAAACAGAAACGUGAAUUAAACCCACUGAUAAUUAAGAUUAAGUCUGCAAGAUGCUUACCAGACACCCCCAUUCCUAUUGAAGAGCUACAGAGUUCAUGUGUUCCUGUUUACUGCAAAUACAAAUUCCAGAAUAUGCAGCCACGUCAAACACAAGGUCGGGAUCAUGGAACUGAUGUCUUCUUUGAGGAUAUCAAUGUGAUUCUUGCAGGAACAAUAAAACAUGGAGAACUGAAUGAAUAUCUAAGAGGACCCCCCUUGGAAAUUGAAGUUCAUGAUCGAGACAAGAAAAUGGAAGGUGUCAAGAUAAAGCCUUCUUUGUUUGGAGAGGAACCAGGAGACCACAAGCUAAGCAAUGUGAGCAUGGUCACGUCUAGAUACAUGGUCCAGAAUCCCAUUACGUCCAGGGAAGAAAUGUGGCACCCAUAUGGGGUAGCUAAAAUCAGCCUGGCUGAAUUAUUGCUAGGGGAAAAGGUCUUGAAUUUCUCUGCACCAAUUCACAGCUGCUCAGUUCAAGAUACAAGUGUCUGCCAGGGGGCGAGUACUGCUCAGAAGGCGAAAGGAGUUUCUCAAUGUCAGGUUGUUCAGAUGCCAAUGGGGCAUUAUGUGUGCUCAGAAUCGUAUCUUAAAGUGAGAGUUGAAAUAACUAUACCAUUAAGUCCUGAAGAUGAAACAGAUGACACUGAAACUGAUUAUUGCCCCUACGGCUGCAUCAUCUACAUUUUUGACUAUAAAAAUACAUCACUCAUAAGUUAUUUGCUGCAAGAAAUUACCAAAAUUAACGCAGAGGCUCUCCAACUUGAUUCGUACCCUUUACAUAUCAUUCAAAACUCUCUUAAUACGUUAAAACUGAAUCACAAACUGACUUUUGAGGAGAUUUCCCAAAUGGAUGUUCUUACUGGAUUUCACAUUCUGGAUGGAUCCAUUCACCUCCUUAUCUUGGAAGGCUUAAAGAACAAAGCACUUAAGAGGAUAUGGAAUAAAAGAAUCGACAGGUUGCAUGAAACCAAAACUGGAAGAUUACAGAUAUUCUAUAACUCACACCUGUCUUUUCAUCAGCGCCUGUAUGUAGACUUUGAAGCUAUCCUGUUUCAUAUCCGUCUCUGCAAGCCACUCUCUAGUAUCAUGAAGCAGCCUUUGUUUUAUGUCCGGGAUAUCGUUCCUCAGCCAUGUUUCGAAGCUCUGACCAGGCUUGAUUACAUCUGCCGCAGUAUGAAGUUAAGGGAAGUGAUCCAUCAUAGUCUCUUGCCAUCUGCAGAAAUGGUCACAAUGUUGAGUCAAGAGUUUGGGGUCCCACUGAAUAAAGAUGACCUGCUUAUUCAGCAGUACUCAGAGAUCUCAGAGAUGUUUGAGAUGCCAACCAAAUAUUUACAUAUGAAACAAGAUAAGCGUUCCCUUUUGGAUAAUCACAAUGAAGAGUACAUACUGAGAAAAAAGGAAAUGGAAAGGCACACGCCACAAGAUUAUAUACAGUCUAAUAUUGACAAUAUAACCCUACUCAGCAAGAUGGUGAAAAAGGAAGGCACUAGAACCAUCAGGGCUUUUCCUUCUGAUGGCAAGUCUAUCUUUAACUACAGUUGUCAGACCUUGAAUUCUGCAGAAAUUGCAAAAAAGCUACUUCGUCAAGAAAUGGCAGAGGAGCCAGAUAAGAGGUUUGCUUACAACCAGGAAUAUCUAUCAGGCAUAUUUGACCCAGUAGUUGAGGAUAGUGCACUAAAGGAGUCCAUUGACCAAUCAAAGAGUAUGUGGCUGUCACCAGAAGGGUUUGUUUAUCCUGGAUUUAAGAGCAGCAUUGAAUCCAACUUGCAUCCUCAUAUGCCUGAUGAAGCACGACUGAUGGAGCUCCAUGAGAAAUGGCAGGAGAACUUACUUAAUGCCAGCAAUAUGAAGCCAGUGCUGGACCGGGACAGAUGGAGUUGGGACAAGCGGAACGUUGAUUUCGAGCUUUACAAAAAACCGCCAUGUGCCUUCGUGCCUCUUGACACUCAUAGAGUAGAGCCUCUAACAGAUACACGGUGCAACACUGCCCUGAAAGUUCAUAGAUGCUGCCCAGCAACAGAGCUCAUCUCCAGUGGACCAAAAGCCAGUAGCCAACUAGCACGGCUCCAGGGUCUCCUGAAGGAUAAACCAAUCAAGUUGUCCUUUAAAAUGCAGCCUACCCCCAUUUUGGGAACAUUAGACAAUGUGGAAGAAAGCAGCAUCUGCCAAGGAUUUGUUCCUGGUUCUGAAACCCACCACAGCCUAAAGUGGAAUGGAAAUAUAAUUCCGUGCUAUGACAGGAAGCACAAUGUAUUUAAAACUCUGAAGGGAGCAGACUUCAGAUUGAUUUGUCAUAAACAUUCAUUUCGGUACAAGAGAUGGCCUCCACAGAGAUUGCGUCUAAUGGAUAAAAUCCUAACAAAAGAUAGACAGGAUGGAGUAACGUUUGCCCCAGAGCUGAAUAACUGAAGUUCAACAGAAGGGACUUUUCUACCACUAGCACAAGAACAGAUCAAACUUGAUCAUUAUUGCAGACUUUCUGAAGAGCCUUCUUUAAAAUUUUACACUUGUACAACUUUUGUGUGUACUACAUAAGCAAUUGUAUGCUAUAAAGCUUUCUUAAUAUUU